AGGUCAGAAAGCACCACCUUGAUAUUUUCAUCCUUUUUAGUGCAUAGAAAGCUGAUUCUUUUCUCUGUAGAAAAAAGCUGAGGAAAUGACACGACAUCUUCUGGAUGCUCUUGGUGAUGAUUACUCUGUUUGUUGUCAAGGUACUGCAUUUUUUCCUUUGCAGAGUUGCAUGAACCAUUCCUGUCUUCCAAAUGCAAAAGCUUUUAAGAGAGAAGAGGACAGGGAUGGCCAAGCAACGAUAAUUGCUCUCGAAACCAUUCGCGAGGGAGAUGAGGUAACCAUAUCAUACAUAGAUGAUGACCUUCCUUUUGAAGAGAGACAAGCAUCACUUGCAGAUUAUGGUUUCAAAUGCAGAUGCCUCAAAUGCUUAGAGGAAGAGCCUCAAGCUACCCUAGAACACAAAAUUUAAGAUUUACUAUCAUGAGGGUGGGCAUUGACACAACGGUAAAGUUGUUCCAUUGUGACUGGAGGUCACAGGAUUGAGUCGCAGAAACAACCUCUCUAUUUGCAAGGGUGAAGUUGCAUACAUUUAACCCUCACUAUAUCCUGCAGUGGUAAGAGCCUCGUGUGUACUAGGUACAACCUUUAGGGAGGCCAUAAGAGUGAAACAUGACUUUUCAAAGGACAAUGGUGGUGCUACAUUUGGCCAAGGAAUCUGUUGCUACCCUAGUUUAUGAAACAAUCAAUAUUUCUAAUAAAAAUGUGACACAUGUAAAUUUUGUUAUAUUAUAC